UUUAAAUCUCGCGGUAUUUCAAGUGGUGUUUUUGCUUUUUAGAUGUCAAUUAGUGAUGAAGAUGCUGAUAAUCCUCUACUGGAAAGAAAAUAUUCCAUAACUCGUGAAAUUUAUACUAUGGACAAAUUUCUACAACACUAUCCUAAAUCGUCAGAAGUACAAAAAUCAUUUUCGCCAUAUAAGAUUUUGAAAAAAUGCACUUGUUCGAAACUCGCCAGCCUCCUAUCCUUUGUUUUCCCAUUUUAUUCUGUUUUGGCUCCUUUUUACAACCUACAAUCAUUUUUAUCAGAUCUGGUUGCUGGCUUAACACUUUCAAUAGUCCAUAUACCCCAAGGAAUGGCAUAUGGUGUUUUGGCCGGAGUAAAACCAAUCAAUGGAUUGUACACCUCAUUUUUUCCUGCUCUGAUUUACUUCUUUUUUGGUACUUCACGCCAUGUCUCUAUAGGUACAUUUUCUGUUGUUUCACUUUUAACGGCUGAUCCUGUUGAUAGAUUAACAUCAUUAUUCGAUGUAAACAAUCAUUCUUUAGAAAAAUAUGAUAUUUUUAAUGAAAAACAAAUAGAUGAUUUUCGUUUAACUGUUGUUAUAACAGUAUGUAUUUUGACUGGAUUAUUUCAAGUCGCUUUGGGUAUUCUUCGUCUUGGUGUAUUAGUAGUUUAUAUAUCGGAACCAUUAUUAAGUGGCUUCACUUGUGCAUCUGCUGUUCAUGUGUUCACUAGUCAAUUAAAUGGAUUAUUUGGUAUACGAUUAAAUCGUGCUACAGGACCUUUCCGUGUUUUUUAUAUAAUUAAUAAUUUUAUUCAUAUUAUCAAAGAAACUAAUCUUGUUACAUUAUUAAUAUCAAUGAUAUGUAUCACAAUUAUAUGGUGUUUUAAACAUUUUAUCAAUCCAAAAGUUUCAGCUAUAAUACGCUUUACAAUUCCAAUUGAAUUAAUUGUGCUUACUGCUGGUACUGUUAUAUCAAAAUUUGGUCUAUUAAAUCAACGUUAUGGAGUGUCGAUUGUCGGUGAAAUUCCUGUAGGUUUACCAUCACCCGUAUUACCGGAUAUUCGACUAGUACCAGAAGUUUUAAUGGAAUCAAUCAUUGUAUCGUUUGUUUCAUUAGCUACAACAAUUUCUUUAGUUAAAUUAUAUGCAAAGAAAGGUGGUUAUAAUGUUGGUUAUACUCAAGAACUGAAUGCACUAGGCUUGUCCAAUGUAAUAUCUGGAUUUUUUCGUUGUCAACCCUCAUCUGGUGCUUUGGCUCGGACGUCAGUUGCUAGUAACGUUGGAAUGUGUUCUCAAGUUGCUUCUUUAAUUUCUUGUUGUAUUCUUUUACUUGUUAUUACUGUGAUUGGACAAUUUUUACAAACUGUUCCAAAGUGUAUCUUAUCAUCAAUUAUUGUCGUAUCGCUUGAAAGUAUCUUCUUACAAAUUAUGGAUUUACGUGCAUUAUAUCGUGUUUCAAUAUAUGAUAUGCUUAUAUGGCUCGUAACAUUCAUGGCCACCGUGUUUAUUGAUGUCCCGAUAGGUUUAUUAACUGGUUUGUGUUUCUCCCUAUUAACGGUAUUAUAUCGUACACAAUCGACAUAUUAUUAUGAACUUGGCCAAAUUCCCAACACAAAUAUGUAUGUUGAUUUAAAGAGAUAUGAUGAAGCUAUAAAACUUCCCAAUAUUCUUAUAUUAAAAUAUGGUGGUCCAUUGUAUUAUGCCAAUUCAGAAUCUUUUCAAAAUUGGAUUCAUCAAAUGACCAAUAUUAAUCCACAUAAAUUGAUUAAACAACGUCAACGUAUCAAAGAACAAUUGGAUCGUAAGCAACAACAACAACAAAAACAACAACUUAAUGAAGAAAAUUUGAAUCAGUAUCAACAUAAUAGACAUAAUCGGCUGUCUUUUGUUAAAAAUGUAAUAAAACGAGUCAAAUUUAAUAAAAAGAAAGAUUGUGGCAAAUUUCCACAUAUUUCACAACUUACGAAGGAUACUAAUGAUAGUAAAAAUGACGAUGAUCUUACUGGUCAAUUGAAAUUUAUUAUCUUAGAUAUAUCAUCAUGGAUUUAUUUGGAUUUUGUCGGUAUGAGAACUAUUACUGAUAUAAUUAAAAGUUAUGCUGAAUUAGAUAUUCGUAUAUUAUUCACUAUAUGUGAUCCACAAAUUUAUACAGUAUUAAUAAGUGAUAAUUUAACAUCAUCACAAAUUCAACAUAAUUCAUUUAUUAGUAUACAUGAUGCUGUAAUCUAUUGUCAAAAUAUACUUUCUACUACUACUGUUACUAGUAAUAAUAAUAAUAAUAAUAAUAAUAAUAAUAAUAAUAAUAAUAAUAAUAAUAAUAAUAAUAAUAAUAAUAAUAAUAAUAAUAAUAAUAAUAGAUAAUCCGAAGAAUCCAAUAGAAGACAAAACUAUAAAUUUACCCAUUCAAAAUAUCCCAGUGACUUAUUGUAAUUCAACAGUUACAGUAGAUAUUAUUACAGAUAAAUUAUGAUUACCAACUGAAUUGUCAAAAAGAAGGAUUAUUCUCUAUCGUUGUCCAAUUUUCAUUAGAAAUCAAUCGGUUCUCAUGGUGUAGCUGCCUUAAUCUUAAAGCUUCUUCUUCUUGUCAUUAUCAUCAUCAUUAACCUACAGAUCAAUAAGGUAAAUCAACAAAACAGAUUCUUUUUCAUUCUACUUUUUCUUAGUUCAUGUAUUUGUUGAAUGUUUUUCUUAGAGUUUCGUCUUGUCAUUAUCAUCAUCAUCAUCACCAUCAUUAACCUACAGAUCAAUACGGUAAAUCAACAAGAUAGGUUCUUUUUCAUUCUAUCCUUUUCUAGUUUUUUUUUCUCUUUUUUCUUAGUUCAUGUAUUUGUUGAGUUUUUUUCUCUUUUUGUUUUGUUUAGUUUUUCUUUUAAAAGAAUAAAUUUAUUCGAAUUGUAUAUUUACGAAACAAUGAGAAAGUGACUUUCUUACAUUUUCCUCAAUUGUGCAUUUUAUUACUUCCAAUCAAUGAUGUUAAUGUGUAUAUUUGUAGUGUUUAUGAAUUUCUUUUCUUUUUGUUUGUUUGUUUGUUUAUUUAUUAUGUUGUUAGUAGUAUGUUGUCACAUUUUUCUUCAGUUUUAUAUGAGUAUCUAUUUGUUUAUUACCUAUAAUUUGGUUAAUAUAUUUGUACAUUAUUCUAAUGUAUAUGAUCAGCUUAACUGAAUAGAUUGAUUUGUCUAGAAAAUA